CGUCGCGUCAGCAGUGCGCGCGCGUCGGAGGAGGACGCGGGUCGGCUUGCUAGCGCGAUGAGGUUCCGGUUCUGUGGUGAUCUGGACUGUCCUGACUGGGUCCUGGCGGAGAUCAGCACGCUGGCCAAGAUUUCCUCCGUGAAGCUGAGGUUGCUGUGUAGCCAGGUGCUGAAGGAGCUUCUGGGACAGGGGAUUGACUACGAGAAGAUCCUGAAGCUCACUGCUGAUGCCAGGUUUGAGUCGGGCGAUGUCAAGGCCACGGUGGCAGUGCUGAGUUUCAUCCUCUCCAGUGCGGCCAAGCAUAGCGUGGAUGGCGAGUCCUUGUCUAGUGAACUGCAGCAGCUGGGGCUCCCCAAAGAGCACGCGGCCAGCCUGUGUCGCUGUUAUGAGGAGAAGCAAAGCCCCCUACAGGAGCAUCUGCGGACCUGCAGCCUGCGUGUGAACAGGCUGGCAGGUGUGGGCUGGCGGGUGGACUACACCCUGAGCUCCAGCUUGCUUCGGGCUGUGGCAGAGCCCAUGGUGCACCUGAAGCUGGAGGUGGCAGCUGCCUCGGGCGCCGCAGCCCAGCCUGUGGCCAUGUCGCUCUCAGCUGACAAGUUCCAGGUCCUCCUUGCAGAACUGAAGCAGGCUCAGACCCUGAUGAGCUCCCUGGGCUGAGGAGAAGGGUGUUUGGGGCCCGUGUUGCGUCACUGCCCUCCAAACUCCUCUUCGUGGGUGGCCGCAACUCCAGGACCCUGGAGGCCGGGCCUCCCAGAUCUCUGACUUGCUAGGUUCCCACAUGAGAAUUCAGCAUAAGGAUUCUGAGGACUUCUGGAGCAUUGCCUUCCCUGCCCCGCGAAGGGCACUUGUCAACAGUUCCGAUGAGCCGGAAGAAUAAACAAGUGUAAAGGAGUGCGUGCGCAGGUUUCUGUUUGGCUCAGAUGAAAGGUUUUUGUGAGAGGAGCCAAGUGACAUCCUGACCUCCCUGGCCCAUUACUUGCUCUCUCUUUUCAGCUGCUGGUUGAGGCAGGUCAGGGGUGAGGCAGAAUGAGGACUGAAAUGAAACACCUUGUCUGUAGAUCAGAAAGUCAGGGUUCUAGCUCCCAGUCCUGCAGUGUUUGUGGCUCUGCCUCCUGUGCUGGCCGUGUCUGCAGGCUGGGAGCAAGCUCACGUCCCCAGUGCCAGAUGCCCCGAGUAGAGAAAGGAGAGCGCCUCGCUCUUCCUGCCAUCUUCGUUUGGAAGAGAGGAGGGCCCGUGCCUGAACCACUCAUUGGCAAGAGGAGUGGGGUUAGGGGCUGCAUGUGUGUGUCCACCCCCUAUUCCUUGUUGAAGCCCUAACCCUUCAGUGAGAUGGUUUUAGGAGAUGGGGUUUUGGACAGUAAUUAGUUUUAACCCACUGAGCCACCCAGGUGCCCUGGACAGUAAUUAGUUUUAGAUGAAGUCAUGAGAGUGGGACCUUCAUGAAGGGAU